AUGUUUCGGAGUGAGAGUGGUAGAGCCUUCGUAGCCACAAAGACGGCUUCUACCAGCAGCGGAAUACAGAAUAUCAGUGGUGCUGAUGGUGGUGUUAGUGAAAGUGAAACAACUACUUUGAGACAACAAUCCAUGAAAAAUCACUCUAGCAAUUCUACAUCAUUCUUAAUUGACGACAUAUUAUUCCAAAGACCAAAGAAUUUGGCACGUGAGCUACUAGUCUCGAGAGAACGAUUUGUUUCCCAACACAACUCAGUAAAUGGGAACCUUGAUCACCCGUCUCAAUUUUCCCCUGUGAAAGGUAACAACGGCGAAUUGACAUCUUAUUCGGCCUUUCUUCACCCCUUCUUCCCAAGACCUGAUGUCACCACUCAUCCCUUCUUCUUGGCUGCAGCAGGUCUCCCAUUCAGCUCCCUUUUUAGUGGUGGUGACCCAGGAGGAAAGCAUUGUCGUCGGAGGAAAGCUCGCACCGUAUUCAGUGAUCAGCAAUUGAACGGAUUGGAGAAACGAUUCGAGGCGCAAAGAUACUUGAGCACCCCGGAAAGGAUCGAGCUGGCCAAUGCUCUCAAUCUAUCCGAAACUCAGGUCAAGACAUGGUUUCAAAACCGGAGGAUGAAGCACAAGAAGCAGUCCCGGAAGGGUCUCACGUCUGACGGAGGUGGUUCAACUGGAGGGGGAGGAGGGAAGAAGGCAACUGGAGAUGACUCGGCUGGAGAUCCUGUCGCUGGUGGUGGUGGAGAGCUGCUGCCCAUGGACUUUUCUCAACGUGGAGGAAUGUCGAAAAGUUUUUCCGCCAUGGUUGACCCCCAUUCCCAACUGGACGAGUAUGAGAAGCCCUCCCCCCACAACAGCAGGAAACGGUUUCCUUCGCUGGGACGGUCCUCGUACAACAGUUACGAGGAGGACGAGGAUGGUGACGAAGAAAUGAUGAGUGAGAUGGAGGACGAGGACGAAAUUGACAUUGUUUCCUCCGAGGAUGCCCCCACCACCGCCACGCUCGGUCAUCAUGCAAUGGUGUCGCACAACAACAAUCCGACCCUCUUUGCCCAACAUCACCCUCUUGCCCUUCUCUAAGUGGGGACUUGACCUUAGUUACGUUCGUUAAUUCGUGAAGGGAAGGGAGUAAUAAUGAGUAUGAUGCAGUAUUAUUAGUCGUGUAGAUUGUCGUCGUUACUCGUUUUAGUCAGUAUUGUUUGUGUGUGAUGUGAUAUGCAUUUAGUCACUUGGAAGGAUGGGAAAUGAUAAAAUCUCUUCUUGUCAUUGUACUCAUAUGAUACCGAAUUAAAAGAAUGAUAAGAUGUUACGAUAAUAAAGAUAGUUUGACGUUUA